AUGCUGUCCAGAUCACGUCCCUGCCAGCGUAGCCUGGCCCUCCGGCAGCUCGCUGCUCGAAAACUUCCCCGCAGCCAAGUCACAAGCUUCCGGUCAGCUUCAGCAAAGCCGCCAUGUCUCGCCGCGAUCACGCCCGAAGCUCAACAACAAUGGACGACAGGCGGAGUUAACGAGGGAAGGCCUCGAACCCGGGGAUUCGCAACAGCUGUCGACGAUAUGAGGUUUGACUGCGCACCAAAAUCGCAAUACUCGAUGCCCCCACGGACUAUUCGACAGACCAACCCGUUAUAUCAGACUCGACCAUUGAAUGGCGCGAACGUUUUAAAAUUGCCCGAGAUGAUGGCGCCCAAUUUACCCAAACUGUAUCAAAAAGGCACCAUUCCCGGUGACCUGACGGAAAUGUUUGCAAUCCUAGACGCCUGCUUUACCAUAGGAAAACUUGACCGCGCUGGCGUCGUCCUCAAGCGCCUGAGCUCUCCCCAGCUGAACAUGAUCGACCGUGCCGACAUCAUGGCAUUACACAACACGUACCUGCAGAUUGCCGUCGAGCAGUUAGCUGCGAGUCCCAGUGAGGCCAAGGCAGAACAUAUCCACCAGUGGUACGAAACUGAGAUCCGCAAGGCAGAACUGCCGCAAACGCCCGAAACCAUCGCAUACGUGCUCAAAGCUGCCCUCCUGACGGCGCCCGAUCCAGACGAUUGGAGGCUACGAAGGUUGGUCACCAGAUAUAUGACCUUGGCUGAAGGUGGCGUGGGGCUGGAGGUGCUCUACAUGACCGACAUUCUUACCGAUAAGGACCGCGCCGUCAUUACCAAGGUUUGUCCCACCUACAACAUCACUAUCGAGGACGCAAAGUCGGAUAUGUCCACCGAGCCUUCUCCUCUUGAGACAGAAGACAGCACAACACCUGAUCCUGCCACACACGCAUUCCCCGAGGUCCUUCCUACUCCUCAAAAAGGAGCAGGUCUGAAAACGGUCAAACGGACGCUGUCUCUCUUCGGUGAGAUACCGGAGGGGUAUAGGAUUCGCGACCUUCCAUUGCCACAACAGCGAGAGAUACAAAUGCGCUUGGAGCGGGACACUGUUGACGCAGCCCUCGAUAAAUGGCGUGAGGAUAACCAAACCUUGAACAAGAUGGGGCUCAACACAUCAAUCAACUCAUCAGUGCUGAAUGCGCGGCUGUACGACUGGCAGCUUGCUCUCGAGGCUCGAUUGGAGGAAUACAUGGAUGAUUCGGAAGGUAAAGAUGUUGCCAAGCCCAAUGUCAAUGUGAAAAGAGACGAAACGGAACGCGCCCUCGUCAGACCUUUCAUGCGACAAAGCACAGCUUCAAGACUGGCGGCCAUCACCAUUCUGAGUGUCAUGAGCUCUCUUGCCAUAAACGGUGCAGACAGAGGCAUACCUGUCACCCAAACUGUCGCAAACCUCGCACGAUCUGCAGAAGAAGAUGUUGUGGCCUACCAACGAACCCAGAGGCAGAAGAUGGAAAAGUCGCUCCGGAAAAUCAAACAUGGCGGAGUUGAGGCAGCGAAAGCUCCGCCCAGUGCUUCCAGUACCGAGUCUACACUGCGCGUCAACGACAUCUAUUGUACCGACCAGGAGUCGGUAGACCGCUGGCCUCCAUCAAUAAGGCUAUCGGUGGGCUCGGUUUUGCUGAGCUCACUAGUUGAUAUCACGACUGUCACCGUGACAAAGGAGCAUCCCGAAACCAAGAAGAAGAUCUCGGCCGAGCAGCCGGCUUUUGUGCGCAGUGUUCAGUACCGGAAAGGCAAGAAACAUGGCGUAAUACUCCCCAAUAAGGCACUUGUACAACUCAUGAUGCGCGAGCCACGGAAGGAAUUUCUCGCGCGUCAUUUGCCAAUGGUUUGCGAGCCUGAACCUUGGACGAGAUUCGACAAGGGCGGAUAUCUCGAGCACCCCACAGGCCUUGUCCGUAUCAAGCGUGGCGAAAAGGACCAAAAGAUCUACGCAGAGGCGGCAAUGGCGAGAGGUGAUAUGGAACAAGUGGCCAAGGGGCUCGACGCGCUUGGCAGGGUCGGCUGGAGGAUCAACAAGCCGGUGCUGGAUGUGAUCUUGCAAGUUUGGAACUCGGGCGAGGGUAUCGGCGGCAUACCUCCCCUGACUUUCGACCUGAAGGCCCCCGAAGAGCCGUUACCUUCCGAAGAUCCGUUUGUGCGAAUCAACUGGCUCAAAGAACUCAAAAGGGUUGAGAAUCUCAAGGCAUCGUAUCAUUCUCAGCGAUGCCAUGCCAACUUCCAGCUCGAGAUUGCACACGCAUACAGAGACCAGACCUUGUACUUCCCGCACAAUGUCGACUUUAGAGGCCGAGCAUACCCUAUACCUAUAUACCUCAAUCACAUGGGCGCGGAUCUCUCCAGGUCGCUGUUGACUUUUGACAAGGGAAAGCCCCUGGGAGAGGAUGGGCUUCACUGGCUGAGAGUUCAUCUGGCCAACGUCUAUGGGUUUGACAAGGCAAGCCUCAGCGAGCGUGCUCAGUUUGCCGUGGAUCACAUGGAGGACAUUAUCGAUUCGGCAACUAAUCCAUUGUCAGGGAAGCGCUGGUGGCUGGGCGCGGAGGACCCAUGGCAGUGCCUGGCUACGUGCAUGGAGCUCAAGGCCGCCUCCGACCUGCCAGACCCGACGCAAUACGUGUGCCAUCUGCCAGUCCACCAGGAUGGCACUUGCAACGGGCUUCAGCACUACGCGGCGCUUGGUGGCGACUCCUGGGGAGCUCGCCAGGUCAACCUGGAGCCAGGCGAUCGCCCUGCCGAUGUGUACAGUGCAGUUGCGAACCUUGUCGUUGAGAGCAUCGAAGAAGACAUGGCCAAUGGUAGCAAGCUGGCCGCGGCCCUCAAGGGCAAAAUCAAGCGCAAGGUCGUCAAGCAAACCGUCAUGACCAAUGUGUACGGCGUCACGUUUAUGGGUGCCAAGGCACAAGUGAAGAAGCAAUUGGACGCCCUUUACCCCAAGAUCAAGGAGGAGACGGGCAUCGAUUCGCUUUUCUUGUCAUCAUACGUCGCCGUCAAGAUCUUCAAAGCAAUGUCGACCAUGUUUAAAGGAGCGCAUGAUAUCCAGUAUUGGUUGGGUGAAAUCGGCAGCAGAGUCUGUCGCGCCCUUACUCCAGAGCAGAUGACCCGGCUGUCCCAGGAAAUGAUGAGAUCACCUAAAGAGAAAGAAAAAGCCCUCAAGACACUGGAGUCCACCGGCAACCCCGAAUACGAUCACGUCUUGACGAACUACAACAAGGCAUCAUCGGGUCAGCUGCUGAGCCAGUUCAGAUCGACCAUCAUCUGGACGACUCCGCUUCGUAUGCCUGUCGUCCAGCCGUAUCGAAAAACCGGGCAGAAAGUCAUCAAGACGAACUUUCAGGACUUGGUCCUCAGGGUCGCGGAUCCUUGGGACCCGGUGCAUAAGCAGAAACAGCUGCAGGCCUUCCCACCCAACUUCGUGCACUCUCUCGAUGCUAGCCACAUGAUGCUGUCGGCUCUUGAAUGCGAUGCCAAUGGGCUCACCUUCGCUGCGGUUCACGACUCCUUCUGGACGCAUGCGUCCGAUGUACAGAAAAUGAGCAACAUUCUGCGGGACGCAUUCAUCAGGAUUCACGAAGAGAACGUCAUUGGUCGUCUGGCCGAUGAGUUCAAGGCUCGAUACAAGGGAGCUCUGUACAUGUUGAAGCUGGACGCCUCGAGCGAUGUCGCCAAAGCGGUGGUGCGGUGGCGCAAAAGUCACCCCAAACUGACCUUUUCGGAUGAGAUGUUCUUGGAGAAGCGGAGGCUCGAACUCUUGGCAUCAGAAGACGCCGAAGAGCGGGCCAAGGGAGAGGCGCUCGAGACCCCGGCCUCGCUUUACGAGCGGUUUUCCAAGGGAAGUGAAGAGCUUGUGGACCCUGAAGACGUCCCGACCCCCUUGUCGGCGAUUCCCAAAACAGCUCAAGAGUUGAUCGACGGCCAGAAAGCAGUGGGUCACGAUAUGGUGCGUGAAGAGCAAGAGUCGAUGCAGGGCCAAGACUUUGACGACGUAUUUGAGUCGGAGUCGGCAGCCGAGGCAGCCGAGGCAGCAGAAGAGAGUAUCGAGGCAGACACAGGAGCCUCGGACGGACCUGAGAAAAUGGAACAAAUGAUGGGAAGCAGCCUUUUCAAUAUCGCCAUUGACCCCCAGCUAAAGAACCCAUCGAAGCGCGAUGUUGCGGUUGCGCAGCGGAAGAAACAUAUCUCCAUCUGGGCGCCAAUGUCAUUCCCAGAUAUCCCUGAAAAGGGUGACUUUGACGUGACGCGACUAAAGUCAAGCAAAUACUUCUUCUCCUGA